GGAGAAAAUUAGAGAAGAGUUAGUUGUCGGCCGAGUGAAGGAGUCUCUCGCUGCUCGCUCGCGCUCAGUCUGUCUGCUACACAGCCUUUCUUUUUUCUAUUAUUUAAGAUUAAGAAAUUUGUUUUCGACUUUUCGUUCCCAACGCUUUGAAAAUAUUCUGUAAAUUUAGCUGAAAAUCCGCACCUGCGAUCGAUCAGCUGGGACCUUUGUGGAGAAUCGGAGCUGGAGUUGUAUCUGAUUUUCGUUAACGAUUUGGUUUUUAAUCUCGGAGAAAUAAGAGAGAGAGCACCGUUUUCUAGUUUUAAAACCAUUCAGAUCUGUUAAGUUAGCCUGGUGUUUUAAACUGAUUUAGAUGCAGGUGUGACUUGUGAGCAUCUGCUGGUGAUCUCUGGGGGUUUUYCCUUUCUGUGUAGUGUUUAUCUUGUACUCUGAAGUCUGAAGGUUAAGGAACAUCAGUCUGAGACUUGGGGAGUUCCCUAUCUCUUUCUCCCAUCUCUUGUUGAUUGACUUCCUUGUUGAUCUCUGAUCUUUCUUUCCUUCCUUUUUCUUUUGUUCUUUUUAACCAGAGCCCUUUGAAGCAAAGAAAAAAAAACAUCGUGAAUAGAGAAACCGAUCUGUAAAAGGAAGUCAAUUUUUUUAAUCCCCUGAAACGAACUCUUCUUUGGAAGUCCCUAUAAAGAUCUUGAUCUUUUAGGCAUGGCAGCCAUUCCGGGUUCAUCCUUCCAACUCCGAAACAAAUCGGUCGGCCUGCCUUCUCCUGGCCGCCCAUCCUUAAAAAAUCAACGGAAUUUCGUUCCUUUCAGUAGCCGUGAGAGCAAAGCCUCAUGUUGCUCCGCAAGGACACGACAUAAUGUUGUGGAGAAGAAGUUCUUUGGGACGGGAUUGCGUCAAUCGGGUCCCGAAAGACUUCAUCUAUGGCGAUCGGACGGCCCUGGACGUUCACCAAAGCUCAGAGUCGUAGUUCGCUCGGCAUUGUCUAAGGUGCCGGAUAAGCCACUCGGUCUGUAUGAUCCCUCAUUCGACAAAGAUUCAUGUGGAGUUGGAUUUGUAGCUGAGCUGUCCGGUGAAACAAGCAGGAAAACAGUGACGGAUGCACUGGAAAUGUUGAUCCGGAUGUCCCAUAGAGGUGCUUGUGGUUGCGAAACAAAUACCGGUGAUGGUGCUGGCAUUCUUGUAGCUCUUCCUCACGGCUUCUUCACGGAGGUUGCUAAGCAAGUCGGGUUUGAGUUGCCACCACCAGGCGAGUACGCUGUUGGCAUGUUUUUCUUGCCAACAUCAGAUACUCGCAGGGAAGAAAGCAAAAAAGUAUUUACAAAGGUUGCAGAGUCAUUGGGACAUGUUGUUCUUGGGUGGCGUUCUGUUCCUACAGAUAAUACAGGAUUGGGCAAAUCUGCUCUGCAGACAGAACCUGUUAUUGAACAAGUUUUUCUUACACCAAGUUCUAGGUCAAAAGCUGGUUUUGAGCAACAGAUGUACAUAUUAAGAAGGGUAUCUAUGGUGGCCAUCAGAGCUGCUUUAAAUCUCCAACAUGGUGGAGUGAGGGACUUUUAUAUAUGUUCUCUCUCUUCAAGGACCAUUGUCUACAAAGGUCAGCUAAAGCCCGAUCAGCUAAAGGAUUAUUACUAUGCAGAUCUUGGCGAUGAAAGGUUCACAAGCUACAUGGCCCUUAUCCAUUCUCGGUUUUCAACAAACACUUUUCCUAGCUGGGAUCGUGCUCAACCCAUGCGCAUCCUCGGCCACAAUGGGGAGAUUAACACACUUCGUGGCAACAUAAAUUGGAUGAAAGCACGCGAGGGUCUAUUGAAGUGCAGAGAGCUUGGAUUAUCAAAAAAUGAGAUGAAGAAACUUUUACCAAUCGUUGAUGCCAGUUCAUCUGAUUCAGGAGCUUUUGAUGGUGUCCUUGAGCUUCUUGUUCGUGCUGGGAGAAGUCUCCCUGAAGCUGUCAUGAUGAUGAUACCUGAAGCAUGGCAAAACGACCAGAAUAUGGAUCCAGAUAGAAAGGCCUUGUAUGAAUACUUCUCAGCUCUUAUGGAGCCAUGGGAUGGACCUGCCCUUAUUUCAUUUACUGAUGGCCGCUAUCUGGGAGCCACAUUGGAUCGCAAUGGACUGCGUCCUGGUCGCUAUUAUAUUACACACAGUGGGAGAGUUAUCAUGGCAAGUGAAGUUGGUGUUGUAGACAUCCCCCCUGAAGAUGUCUGCAAGAAGGGAAGGCUAAACCCUGGAAUGAUGCUUUUAGUAGAUUUUGAAAAACAUAUCGUUGUAGAUGAUGCAGCUCUGAAGAAGCAGUAUUCCCUAGCAAGGCCAUAUGGGGAAUGGCUGAGAAAGAAAAUUGAACUGAAGGACAUAGUCAACUCUGUUCAUGAAUCUGAUAGGGUUCCACCAGCUAUAUCUGGGGCAGUUCCAGCAUCUAGCCAUGAUGACAACAUGGAAAACAUGGGUAUUCAUGGUCUAUUGGCUCCAUUGAAAUCUUUUGGUUACACAGUCGAAGCUUUGGAGAUGCUGUUACUUCCCAUGGCAAAAGAUGGUACUGAGGCUCUUGGCUCAAUGGGAAAUGAUACUCCAUUGGCUGUGAUGUCAAAUAGGGAGAAACUUCCUUUUGAGUAUUUUAAGCAGAUGUUUGCUCAGGUUACAAACCCACCAAUUGAUCCAAUUCGAGAGAAGAUAGUCACUUCAAUGGAGUGCAUGAUUGGUCCAGAAGGGGACCUGACGGAAACCACUGAGGAACAGUGUCAUCGCCUCUCACUGAAAGGUCCUCUCUUAUCCAUGGAUGAAAUGGAAGCAAUAAAAAAGAUGAACUACAGGGGUUGGCGAAGCAAGGUUCUUGACAUUACUUAUCCCAAAAGCCGUGGAAUGAAGGGUUUGGAGGAGACCUUGGAUAGGAUUUGUUCUGAAGCACGUGAUGCACUCAAGGAGGGUUAUACAACAUUGGUACUUUCUGACAGAGCUUUCUCACCAAAUCGUGUUGCCGUAAGCUCUCUGUUAGCUGUUGGUGCUGUGCACCAUCAUUUAGUCUCAAAGCUUGAGCGUACUCGAAUUGGGUUGAUAGUAGAAUCUGCUGAGCCACGCGAGGUUCAUCAUUUCUGUACCCUUGUUGGGUUUGGCGCUGAUGCAAUAUGCCCAUAUUUGGCCAUAGAAACCAUUUGGAGAUUGCAAGUUGAUGGGAAAAUCCCCCCUAAAGCAAGUGGUGAGUUCCACUCCAAGGAGGAACUGGUCAAGAAGUAUUUCAAAGCAAGCACUUAUGGGAUGAUGAAGGUUCUAGCUAAAAUGGGGAUAUCAACAUUAGCCUCUUACAAGGGUGCCCAGAUAUUUGAAGCCUUGGGCCUUUCAUCUGAGGUUAUCCAGAAGUGUUUCAAAGGGACUCCAAGCAGAGUUGAAGGUGCAACAUUUGAAAUGCUUGCUCUGGAUGCUCUCCAAUUACAUGAGAUGGCAUUUCCUACUCGAGCUAUGCCUCCUGGAAGUGCAGAGGCUGUUGCGCUGCCUAAUCCUGGAGAUUACCACUGGAGAAAAGGUGGAGAAAUUCAUCUCAAUGAUCCUCUUGCUAUAGCAAAGCUGCAGGAGGCUGCUAGAUCAAAUAGUGUAGCUGCAUAUAGAGAGUAUUCCAAGCGCAUACAAGAGCUGAAUAAGUCCUGCAACUUGCGUGGGAUGCUGAAAUUUAAAGAAGCAGAGGUCAAGGUUCCUUUGGAUGAAGUGGAACCUGCUAGUGAGAUUGUGAAGCGGUUUUGUACUGGGGCCAUGAGUUAUGGAUCGAUAUCACUUGAGGCUCAUACCACCCUGGCGAUUGCCAUGAACAAACUUGGGGGGAAAUCAAAUACAGGUGAAGGAGGUGAGCAACCAUCUCGCAUGCAGCCUCUUCCUGAUGGUUCAAGGAAUCCAAAGAGGAGUGCAAUCAAGCAGGUUGCCAGUGGGAGAUUUGGAGUUUCUAGCUAUUAUCUUACAAAUGCUGAUGAACUACAGAUAAAAAUGGCCCAGGGCGCCAAGCCAGGUGAAGGUGGUGAACUUCCAGGCCACAAGGUUAUUGGAGAUAUUGCAGUGACUAGGAACUCUACUGCUGGUGUGGGACUUAUUAGUCCACCUCCUCAUCAUGAUAUCUAUUCCAUUGAAGACCUUGCUCAAUUAAUUCAUGAUCUUAAGAACUCUAACCCUGGGGCUCGAAUCAGUGUGAAAUUGGUGUCUGAAGCUGGUGUAGGAGUAAUUGCAAGUGGGGUUGUGAAGGGCCACGCAGACCAUGUCUUGAUCUCAGGUCAUGAUGGUGGCACUGGGGCUUCACGUUGGACUGGCAUCAAGAAUGCUGGAUUACCGUGGGAACUUGGUUUAGCUGAGACCCAUCAAACUCUAGUUGCCAAUGAUCUCCGUGGUCGAACCACUCUCCAGACAGAUGGACAACUUAAAACUGGAAGAGAUGUAGCCAUUGCAGCACUUCUUGGUGCAGAGGAGUUUGGUUUCAGUACUGCCCCUCUAAUAACAAUGGGCUGUAUUAUGAUGCGGAAGUGCCACAAGAACACCUGCCCAGUUGGUAUUGCUACCCAAGAUCCUGUUCUCCGCGAGAAGUUUGCUGGAGAGCCUGAGCAUGUCAUAAAUUUCUUCUUUAUGCUAGCUGAGGAGGUGAGGGAGAUCAUGUCUAAUCUGGGAUUCCGAACUGUAAAUGAAAUGGUUGGUCGUUCAGAUAUGUUAGAAGUUGAUAAAGAAGUGAUUAAGAACAAUGGGAAGUUGGAGAACAUUGAUCUCUCUUUACUACUCAGACCAGCUGCUGACAUCAGGCCAGAGGCUGCUCAGUACUGCAUUCAGAAACAGGAUCAUGGUUUAGACAUGGCCUUAGAUAAAAAACUGAUAUCUUUAACCAAAUCUGCCCUAGAAAAAGCUCUUCCUGUGUACAUUGAACUGCCAAUUCGGAAUGUGAAUCGUGCUGUUGGAACCACGCUCAGCCACGAAGUCACUAAGCGCUACCACAUUGCAGGGCUUCCCGCAGAUACCAUCCACAUCAAGCUCACUGGAAGUGCUGGUCAGAGUUUUGGAGCCUUCCUUUGUCCUGGGAUCAUGCUUGAGCUUGAAGGUGACAGCAAUGACUAUGUUGGGAAAGGCUUAUCAGGAGGGAAAAUUGUAGUUUAUCCUCCGAGAAAAAGCCAAUUUGAUCCAAAGGAAAACAUUGUGAUAGGUAAUGUAGCUCUCUAUGGUGCAACAAGUGGGGAGGCAUAUUUCAAUGGGAUGGCAGCUGAGAGAUUCUGCGUGCGUAAUUCAGGUGCCAAAGCAGUUGUUGAAGGAGUGGGUGAUCACGGAUGUGAAUACAUGACGGGUGGGACUGUUGUUGUGCUUGGAAAAACUGGGAGGAAUUUUGCUGCAGGUAUGAGUGGUGGUAUAGCGUAUGUUCUUGAUGUUGAUGAGAAGUUCCAAUCUCGAUGCAAUCUUGAAUUGGUGGAUCUUGAAAAAGUUGAAGAUGAAGAGGAUAUUAUGACACUUAGGAUGAUGAUACAGCAACACCAGCGUCACACAAACAGUGAGUUAGCAAGAGAAGUUCUUGCUGACUUUGACAAUCUUCUACCUAAAUUUAUCAAAGUAUACCCAAGGGAUUAUAAGCGGGUUCUUGCAAACAUGAAGGCAGAACAAGCUGCGAAAAAAGUUGUUAGAGAGGCCCAGGAACAAGAAGAGGCAGAAUUGAUGAAGAAAGAUGCUUUUGAAGAGCUUAAAAAGUUGGCUUUAGCAUCUUCAAAUGAUAGAGAUAAAGUAAACAAGGUUGAACAGGUUGUGGCAUCAAAGAGGCCAACUAAGGUUGACAAUGCUGUCAAGAAUGGAGGCUUUAUUGCUUAUGAGAGGGAGAGCAUUUCUUAUAGGGAUCCUACUGUUAGGGUUAAUGACUGGGAAGAGGUAAUGGAGGAGUCCAAACUGGGCCCACUUUUAAAGACUCAAUCAGCUCGUUGCAUGGACUGUGGGACUCCCUUUUGCCAUCAGGAAAACUCUGGGUGUCCUCUUGGGAAUAAGAUACCGGAAUUCAAUGAAUUAGUAUACCAAAAUAGGUGGCGUGAAGCAUUGGAUCGGCUUCUGGAGACAAACAAUUUCCCAGAGUUCACUGGAAGAGUGUGCCCUGCACCUUGCGAGGGAUCUUGUGUACUUGGUAUUAUUGAGAACCCUGUAUCAAUCAAAAGCAUAGAGUGUGCCAUCAUAGAUAAGGCCUUCAACGAAGGAUGGAUGGUGCCUCGACCACCCCCUAAGAGAACUGGGAAGAGAGUUGCCAUUGUAGGUAGUGGACCAGCUGGAUUGGCUGCUGCUGACCAGUUAAAUAAAAUGGGCCAUCUGGUGACAGUGUUCGAGCGUGCUGACCGUAUUGGAGGGCUAAUGAUGUAUGGUGUUCCCAACAUGAAGGCCGACAAGGUGGAUAUUGUUCAAAGGCGGGUCAAUCUUAUGGCUGAAGAAGGCGUCAAUUUUGUGGUAAAUGCUAAUGUUGGCACAGAUCCCUUGUACUCCCUUGACCGACUUCGUGCAGAGAAUGAUGCCAUUGUUUUGGCCUUAGGAGCUACAAAACCAAGGGAUCUCCCUGUUCCAGGACGGGAACUGAAAGGAGUACAUUUUGCCAUGGAGUUUCUUCAUGCCAACACCAAAAGCUUACUUGAUAGUAAUCUCCAAGAUGGGAACUAUAUAUCCGCCAAGGGGAAGAAAGUGGUUGUCAUUGGAGGUGGUGAUACUGGUACAGACUGCAUAGGAACAUCUAUCCGUCAUGGUUGCACCAGCAUUGUAAAUCUUGAACUUCUCCCUCAGCCACCCAAGACCAGGGCCCCUGGCAACCCUUGGCCACAGUGGCCUCGCAUAUUCCGUGUGGAUUACGGUCACCAGGAAGCAGCUACCAAAUUUGGGAAAGAUCCGAGGUCUUAUGAGGUAUUGACGAAGCGGUUUGUGGGCGACGAGAAUGGAACAGUGAAAGGACUUGAGGUGGUGCGAGUUCAGUGGGAAAAGGAUGCUAAUGGAAAGUUUCAGUUCAAGGAAAUUGAGGGCUCUGAGGAGAUGAUUGAAGCUGACCUGGUUUUCCUGGCGAUGGGCUUCCUUGGUCCCGAGUCGACAAUUGCGGACCGGCUAGGCUUGGAGCGAGACAACCGAUCGAAUUUGAAAGCAGAGUAUGGAAAAUUUUCAACUAAUAUGGAAGGGGUAUUUGCAACUGGGGAUUGCAGACGAGGGCAAUCACUGGUAGUCUGGGCAAUCUCGGAGGGCCGUCAAGCUGCUUCCCAGGUUGACAAGUACUUGACAAGAGAAGGAAAGCAUAGCACCACCAGCGGUAGCCAGUGUGAUUCUGCUAAGCAGCAGCAAGACAAAAAUCAAUUUACUGCGAGGACAUAGGCAACUUGCUCCCCCCCUAUCCCUUUUUUUUUGUUCAAUCUCAUUUUUCUGCUAUAGUGAAGUAGAAAGAAGCUUUGGUUAUACAGAGCCGGCCCUGUAAAAUGGGCCCAUGUGCCAACAAGUGGCACUCUUCCGGUUUUGAGAUGCCAAGAUUGAAAAUAACAGGCAAUGGGUGGCUUGGCUUAUUAGGAGGGAGGGCUGGUGCAAGUUGUGGUGGUCUUAUGGUGUCUAAUUUUUGUGGAAAAGUCUUUAGUGGCGGUCAAAGGAAUAAUCAAUAAUGUACAGUUUGCUUCAUUUCGCCCAUAAUGUGUCAAACGCCUUUUUAUUUGAAUGAUUUAUACGUGUGGUAAGCUGGUUAUGCUUUUCGUGAAUUGUUUAUAAAAGGUUUCUUGACAAGGA